AUGGGCUGCUGCUGCGGAGAGGAGGACGACGAGCCAUUCGUGGAGGAGCUGCGCAACCAGCUGUCCUCUAUCAUGCCGCCACUGGAUGUGGGCUGGCAGGCAGACGCCACCGUCAACGUUGCGCUGACCAGCCAGCCCUCACUGGGCGUCUUUGAGCGGCGGCACAGCAUGAGCCUGGGCGCCGCCACGAUGCCGCGCCGCGAGCAGCAGCAGCCGGGGAAUGGACAGCCACACCAGCUGAAGUGGACCGACAGCCGUAAGCUGCUGGAGGCGGCGAUAGGGAUGGAGCAGAUGCAGCCGAUCCCUGAGAACACGCCGCCUGCCUCUAACGGCUGGGGCUGGGGGCAGGGGCAGGGACCCGGCUUGGAGGCGGAGGAGGCUCGCCUGCAGGAGCGGCUGUUCAAGCUGAAGCUGGAGCAUUACGUGAUGGAAGGGGAUGGCAGCUGCCAGUUCCGGGCCGUCUCCUUUGGGCUGUAUGGCACGCAGCGGCACCACACGUACGUGCGGCGCAAGGCGGUACAGUACAUGCAGCAGCGGCGGCAGGACUUUGAGGCGUUCCUGGGGGAGGACUUUGGGGGGUACAUGAGGCAGAUGGGCCGGCUGGGGACGUGGGGCGACGAGCUGACACUGCGGGGCAUCUGCGAGGCGCUGGCGGUAGUGGUGAACGUCAUCUCGUCAGACCGCGAGAACUGGUUCCUGCGGUACAUCCCGCGCACCACGCGGCCCCAGCACGAGAUAUUCGUGACCUACAUCGCGCCGCUGCACUACAAUGCCGUCAGGCGGCAGAACACCGGCGCGCGCCUGCGGCAGAGCUUUGGGCGGCAGGGGUCGCAGCUGGCGCGGGCGGUCAGCAGCUACCAGCGGCGGUACGGCAUCCCCGAGACGCCGCAGCACAUGAUGCACGCCUUGUGA